GCUAUCCUGAGCCUUUUCCCUCUCUCAGAUCGUCUCAGGGGUUACACCGUGGCACGAGAAGAAAAGUUCAAAUCAUAUCAUCAUUGAGCUAUCGAAAGGAGCUACUCCUACACGUCCCGACAACAUCCUUGACGAUCACUGGAACUUAAUCAGCAAAUGCUGGUCUCGGGACCCCAUGUGUCGCCCAGAGGCAACCGAAGUCACCAAAUGCAUUGCAACGCAAAUUGCCAUUAUUAAUUCAGGAGAGAUUGAAGUGGCUGCUAGCACUACACAGAGCCCUCCUAAACGCACUUCAGGAGAGACUGAACUGACUGAUAGCACUAUACAGAGCUCUACUAAAUGGAAUUCAGUAGAGACUAAAAUAGCUGAUAGCACUAUACAGAGCUCUACUAAAUGGAAUUCAGUAGAGAAUGAAAUAAUUGAUAGCACUAUACAGAGCCCUCCUAAACGGAAUUCAGGAGAGAUUGAAAUAGCUGGCAGCACUAUACAGAGCCCUCCUAAACGGCAUAAAACUAUCGUCGUUUUCGGCGCAACGGGAGCAGGCAAAAGCUCGCUUAUCAACCUUAUGGCGGGAAAGGAGGUUGCCACCACAUCUCCUGACACGAAACGUUGUACGAUGCAGUGGAAAGACUAUAAUAUCGGUUUCGGUGGCGACUCAUAUGUGGUUUUCGAUACCAUCGGGCUCGAGGAACCACAGCUGGGAAUCAGAGAAUACCUCGGGUCUAUCGAGAAUGCAUAUCGGCUCAUCAAGGAAUUGGAUAAGCAAGGCGGCAUUGACCUACUCCUGUUCUGCAUUCGCGCCGACAGAGUCACUGCUACGAUUCAGAGUAACUACCGGCUCUUUCACGAAUCCAUCUGCGAGAAGAAGAUUCCCAUUGCUCUUGCGAUCACGCACCUUGAAAGAGAGCAGAGGAUGGAGGACUGGUGGGGGAGAAACCAGGCCACCCUCCAAAACCAUCGGAUCCAGGUUGCUGGUCAUGCGUGCAUUACUGCUGCCAACAGAUUGGACGGCAGGCACCAAAUUCUUUAUGAAGAAUCACGCAUCACGAUCCGCAAUCUUGUUCAAAAAUCUACUGCUGACGGGCAGAAGCAAACAUGGACAGGAGGGAACAACCUGUUCGUAUCGUUAAUGCGCAAGCUGAAGGAGUCACUUACGGCGAGUUCGUUUGUGAGAAAGAAGGAUCUUGUCUCUCGUCUCACGAAGCGUUGCGGUAUGUCUCGAGACGUUGCAAAACAGUUGGCUCGGAUGAUCAAGCAAGACGUAGUAGAAGCCAGUAGUUCUUAACUUCCCUAUUCUCACAUAGCUAAUUUGCCUGUAUCCCAAGUUACACUUAUGGGUUAUUGCAAUUGAUACACAUACUUUUAUUCGCGCCAACUCU